AACAACUGGGCCGAAAAGGUUCAGAUUUCCAAACUUCAGUACUCCCUUUUAGAGAGAGAGAGAGAGAGAGUGUGUGUUUUCUCAAACUCUGCAAACAAACAAAACGUGGAAAGGAAACGAUACCAAUUGGAAAGAAGAAAACUAGAAGAGGAGAAUUCCGGCGUGCGUUUCAUCUUUGCCAUAUAUUUCUGUUCAGAGCUCGCAACAAUGGCGCCUCCUCCUGGACCGUACUCCGGCACCAGCACACUCGCUUUGGUCGCUAGGGUUUCCGCUUUCUCGUUCGGACUGGUUUACGGCAGCGUAAAACUGAAGAUUCUUAAGAUGCAGGCCAAGUCUCAUAAGAAAGCUGAAGCUAAAGGGCACCACUAGAGCAAAGAAUUGUGUUUUUGAUUUGGUUCACUAAUGAAAAUAAUUAUGAGAAAAAAUAGUUUUCCAUGCGGGCCUGAUGUGCAGGACCAUAAAUGUCUGUGUAACGUUUCAGCUUGCGGACAAUGGUUGCGAGGUUCUUGCUUUAAUCUCCGUCAUUUCGUUUCAGUUUUGACAAUACAUUGAAGACGGCCAAAUGAUAUUAGCUCAAUAGGAAAAACAAUUAUAUUUGCACCUACAGCAAGAGAUCACUUCUUUGACGGAUUUGUGCAAUGCUACGGAGUUAAUUUCCGUAUGUUUGGCAUCUUGAGCUUAUAAGCUCUGAGCAAGCAGCUUUGAGGAA